CCGCACAUGGGUGGCUUAUCUCACCUGGGCUUUAAUCCGCGGCUUAAGCCGGAACUCCAAAGCGCAGUACGGCCCUCGAGCUAAACUAAGAACAUGAGGGCGGGUCUAUGGCAUGCGGAAUAUACUGCAUUGUGUUUGAAGUUUCGGGAUAAUUAGUUCGUUAAUUAAUGAACCUUGUUUACGAUUAUCAAAGUGAUUAAUUUGAAAAUUAUUUGAGAACCUGAAAGUAUUUGUGGUGUGUUAACAGGAGAAUUUGGGGUGACAACUUUCUGUGUGCACCUAAAAACAACAAUUUUAUAUCCGUACCAUUUCGAAGCACUUUUUUCAAGGAAAGGAUAAGAUUCUCAAAGAACACAACAAUCUUCUAGCGUUGGACAUAAUCAGUUCAGAAUUUAACAAGACUUAAGGAAUCUGGUUUCAUUAAACAAAAAUCUUCCUGCUUGUGAUAUUUAUUCACACAUUGGUGACAGUAUUCAAAGUAUUAGAAGUUCCAGAAUGAAUAGUUCUAGUUUAAGCUGCAUCGCUGCCAUCUUUGUUUGUUUUGGUGUGGGCUGUAUUUGGUGCCAGCCGAGUGCCGAGGCUAAUUAUUUAGGAGUCUGCGACCAGACGUGGUUCCCCACCUACAGCCACGACCACAAGGGUACCGGCACCCACGGGUCAGUGGCCACCCUACAGAAUCACGUGCUCAACGGUUACCUCGUGCGUGUCCAGUUCUCCACACGUGAGUUCCUCAUCACGUUUGAGAUGGAUGACUUCACCUUCAGGGGCAGCCAUAUGUGUGGCUCGUGCAGCUGGAUACUCUCAGACAACGGCACGCACAUAGAGACCGACGCUGAUUGGCUGCCUACUUUGGUUUGCACCAAUGGAGAGGUGAGCAGAAUCAACUACACUUCCUCCAGCUGGACGAGUGAGGUCGGGAAGAUUGACCUUGACCUUGACGGAGAGGUGUGGUGGUACACCAAGCCCACCCACUCGGGGAAUGGACCCGUGUACUCACAGUUUGUUGACGGGUCGACGGCGUACGGGUCACUGGGCAAGCUGAUGAAGUUCGCCAAGUGGUCAGAGCUGAGGGCCAGUAUGAGGGACCGAGGAUACGCCUUUGUUCUCCAGAACCAGAAGAUUUACAACGGGGAGCUCAUCACAGCUCAGAGCUUAAACCACAUCAGUCUCAGAUACACGGAGAACUCUGUCAAGUACAACGAGGACCCCUACUACUCGUGGUACGCCGUCUGGUCCACCAACGGCCGCCGUGACGUCUCGAGGUGGCACAUCAACACCACCACGCUGUACCGGCACAACAACGACUUCGUCUCGCUUGACUGGUUCGGUGACGAGUGUUGGCGUCGGGUGUAUUCGACCGACGUGGACGGGUUCCCGACCUACGGCAGCCUGGAGGAGCUGAUCUACAUGGUCAAGUUGGGACACCGGGUGCGAGUAUACUUUGACGGCUACAACCUGAAGGCCAACAGUGUGAGGGUACUCAAGGGGCUCGUCAUAGCUCAGACCAUAGAGGAGUUCGCCAGGAGGGGCGCCUACCCCAAGUUCGACGCCCCCUUUUUUGACGCCAGGGCCAAGGCCGUCUACAGGCUGAUCCACUCGACCGGGGUUGUGAAGACGUACACGUACACAAUCGAUGACUUCCAGCCGCAGACGAAGGAAUCCAAGACGUACGCCAUAGACUGGCUGGUGGAUACACGGAUAUGGAAGAAGGUGUUGCGAACUGAUGCCUUCGGUGGCAACACGUUCGGGAUACCGCUGGACCUGGAGGAACCAGUACUGGCCGGUGCCAGCGUGCGGCUAAAUAUAGAACAGGACGAGUUGGCUGGUCAGUUUUUCACUGAGGCGGACAACAUACGUAUCAACAUCUAUACUAAUGAGAUCUACGCCCAGGCCCUGAAGCACGUGAGCGACCAGAAGGUUCAGACAGUGGAUGAGUACAUCCUACAGAGCGACCUCUUCCGCUGGUCACUCAUGGUCAGCUCCGGGGGCGUGGUGGCCAUGAACGCCCGGAAGUUGUCCACCCGCCAACACCUGUACGACGCCGUUUCCCCGGCGACCAACGUCACGUGGUUUGUGAACAUUUAGAAGCGCGGCAACAUCCGGUGGGGGGGCAGGAUCUAUUUUUAGAACGUUGGGGAUUUUUCAAGUUUAUAAAUAGGAAAUCGAUUUCCAAACAUUGAAAGAUAUCUUUCUCAACACGGUUUUAAUUAGCUUUAAUUAGCGUGUAAUUUUUUAGGAAUAACAAAUACAAUUUACAAUUAUUUAGAAUUUAAAAAAAAAAAAUGAAAAUCAACUGGCUGUUAACAUUUCAGGUAAUAAAAAUUACAAAAUAAAACUUGUUCACGCUAAUAAAUGUGGACAGUUCUAAUUGAAUUUAUAGUUACAAUACUUGUUGAUUGUAGAGGAAGUUAAUUUUAUUGAUUAUUUAUACGAUUAAGUCUUACAAAUAUUGCAGAUUUAACGUUUUUUUUUAAAUUUAUACUUUUUAAUUAAUACAGAUGUUAAUGAUAAAACAGAACUUUAAUUAUUGAUAUGUUGAUUAUUUUAUAAUAAUACUUUUUAAAAUAAAGUUAAUGGCAUGUCUAACAAGUAAAUGGGCAAAAUUAUGUAUAGAUGAUAUCAUUAAAUUCUACACAAUCUUAGAAUAUGUUAAGAUCAAAGUAAAACUCAGAAACUUAUAACUGCAGCGAAAAGCACAAUACUAUUUUAUGUCAUGUUUUUCCCGGUUAUAUAAUAAUCUAUGAUGUACUCGUACCAAAUAAAUUUAACCAUUACCAUUUUAUUUUUCAAUUAACUUAAUUUUUAACCAAAUCGAACAUGUGUUCAGCGAGGUGGGUCGAAUCUUCAGUACGAUUCUGCUACAAGGUUACGUAACAACUUUGCUGGGUCUAUGGAGUAAUGUCGAACUGGUCUUCUACGGUUUCGAACACGGGACUCCAUUAAAAGAUGUGUAGAGUUGUCCACAAGUUUCAGUAAUCAUAAGCUGCUGUAGCCCUAUAACUCUGACGAUUUAACGUUGAAGUUUACAAGCAUCUUCUGACCAGGAUGAAUUAUUGUCAUCUUCCGACCAAAACGUUUUAUUGAUUGAAUUUAGAGAAGUAUGAAUUUAAAGAAAACAACUUUGAC